AUGUUGAAAGCAGUCACGGAGCUAGGAGGCUGUUACCUCAUUGAAGGGUGCGAUCGAAACGAAGACCGAGCGUCAGACCCGAAGCAUCGGCGGUUGAGAUUUCGUGGAAUCGGCUGUGUACUGCUGAUGAAUGUGGUACAUUUUAGUAUCAACCUGAAGUACUUCACUUCUCUUGGACCUGAAAAGGUCGUUAAGGAAAACAAGAGGAUGCAGGAACAGAGAAAAUAA